UGGCAUUUUUGGCAGUUUCAUUAGCUUUCGACUCGUCCAAGUGGGCGAGGCAAAAUCACGGGAGGAGUGACAGAGUCCAACUUCUUCGUUUACAGGAGUACUGAAGCUAUUCGUAGUGGUGGUGCUAGUUGUGGCGCUAGAUAGAGAGAGGAUAAUUGAAGGAAGAGAAAGAUUCUAGCUCUGCUGAUAGAGGGAGAGGGAACCAGAAAUGCAGGUCCCGUCUUUAUAGCCUCUGGAAAUUAAAACAAUGGCUUUUGCAGCCCCUUUCUCCUGUUCCCUGCUCUGCUUUUCUCCUACAAACCUUUCUAAAACAUUCCUCCGUCCUUUUAAUGGCAACCCAACUUCAAAUCUCUGCACAACUCAAAGACUAUUGGGUAGAGGCAUAAGAAAUGGAAGACGGUAUACAGAAAUAAUCGGAGUUUCUGAGAGCUCUUCUUUUCUAGGUUCCAAUGAACCUGCAAUAAAGGCUUCUGGUUUAGGAAGAGAUGAUGGAGAAGAACUUUCAAAGGCGACUCUGUUAUGGAGGGCGGUUAAGCUUCCCAUUUAUUCAGUGGCUUUGGUUCCUCUCACUGUAGGUGGUGCAGCAGCAUAUUUACAGACUGGAUUCUUUGCUGCUAGGCGCUAUCUUGUGCUCUUAUUGGCAUCAGCUUCCAUCAUUACUUGGCUCAAUUUGAGGAUUGAAGGAGAUCUGGCUGUGGGUAAAAUGUCUCCCCUGGUCCAAAUUGGAACUGAGAAGGGGUCGAAGGUGGUGAAGUUCAGCAUUUUGAUACUUUAUUCCUUUCUAUUUGUUUUGGGUGCAUUGAGGGCUCUUCCUUUAACAUGUGUCGUCCUCUGCACAUUAACCCUCCCGAUUGGAAAGCUAGUUGUUGACUACGUUCAAGAUAACCAUAACGAUAAGACGAAGAUUUUUAUGGCCAAGUAUUACUGUGUGCGCCUUCAUGCUUUAUUUGGAAUUGCUCUGGCUAUUGGACUAGCCAUGGCUAGAAGGAUGGCUCAUUUUUUGAAUGAAGGUACAAGAAGGUCUUUUGUAUUUAGGGGUUCUACUUGGUUUUUACCUUUUCUUUUGGAGUUCUUUAGGGGGACCUAGGCUUUUGGAUCACCUGUUUUGCGCUCUAAUGGGGUUUGUUAUAAUGCCUAUAGAGAUGCAAAUGAGCCAUGACAGAAGGAAAAGCUUGAAAAAAAGGAAAAGCAGUGUGAAUGUAUACUAUCUGAUGGUUAAUGUUUUGGUAUUUUGUCA